AUGAGGAAGCGGUUAUAUAGAGCCUGGAAUAAGUCAGUUAUUGUUAAGCUUCUGGAAACCACUAUUGGAUACAAGGCGCUGGAAUCACGACUUCAGAGCUUAUGGGCCAAGAUCAAUAUUGGACAUGGUUACUAUGUUGUUAAGCUUUCUAACAAAGAAGAUCAUUAUAAUGCUCUGACAGGUGGACCAUGGAUGAUAUAUGAUCACUAUCUUACUGUGAGACCUUGGGAACCAUGGUUUAGCCCAGCAAGAACGAAGAUAGACAAGGUGGCCGUAUGGGUUCGAUUACCAAGAGUCUUUCUGGAAUACUAUGAUCAAGAAGCUUUGACUAGAAUUGGAAACAGAAUUGGAGAAACUCUGAAUAUUGAUAUUAACGCCUCUUGUCAACUAAGAGGUCACUAUGCUAGGAUAUGCGUUCUAGUUGACUUAGAAAAGCAGCGUAUGUCAGGAUUCUCUUUGGAAGGAGAAGACUACUAUCUUGAAUAUGAGGGGCUACAUUUGCUCUGCUCUGGCCACAGAUGCGAAAGUUGUCCCUCAAAAACCAAUGAUACAAUUAGAAAUGGGGCUCCAACGUUGAACAGAGACAAUGACAAGCAAACUAAGGAGGGGAAUGAUAUGGCAUAA